AUGACCAACGUAUUUAGCGGAGAAGGUAUUUUAUGUGUCUUGUUAUUAUUCUGUGCUAGUUGUGGAUAUUUUAGAAGAGUUCCAAGAAUUAAACAAUAUAUGGAAAAUAGAAAGAAAGGAUUUUUCGGAAUAUUUUUCAAAGGAUCAGUGAUUGGAAUUCGAUUGCACUAUUUAGUUUCAUUGUUAAUGUCGAUCAUGUCUCUUUAUAUAUUAUUUGUAAAAUAA